AUGCCACAACCCUACAAAUCAGUGCCAAUCACGAUUCAUCGUAGCCAAAGUCACACUCCAAGUAUGAUUGUGAAUGCGAAAAAGUUGCUCAGCGAUCAUCCUCAACUUAUCGAUUGUCCUCGAUGCAAAGUGAGUACUAUGAGGGUCAGGCUGGUAGUUGUGUACUAGAGGAAGAGAAGAGGAAUGGCUUUAGAUUGGACUUGUAAUGAGACUAGCACAGGCCUGUGAAGGAGCCGGGCUUAGUUUUAUAGCUUGCAUUUGAAAAGUAGGUAUAAGAAGAUACAAGUGAUAUAAACCUAAUUUAUGUUGUUAUACUUCAGCACCACGGUGAAACAGUUAUGGUGUACAAAAAUGGAAUGAUGACAUGGCUGACGUUUGUUGGUAUAUGUUUGGCCAGUGUACUAAUCAUUCCGUUGUUCUUCACCUGGGUACCUUUUGUCAUCGACUCGUUUCGGGAUGUUGAACAGUGAGUUUUUUGUGACUAAAGUAGAACUUUACUAUAAAAAAUUACCAAUUUGUUUGUUGUACAGUGGUUUUGUUAUAUGAGUUCGUUAUACAGUUUUACUUUACAAAAUACUUUUUUUUAUUUUUAUGUUUAAUUUCAAUAUACUGAGGCACUAAAUUAUUAUAUCGCGGUAUUAUGUUAGUAUAUUGAGGUACUAUGUUAACUAUGCUGGUAUAUAGCAUAUACUAUGUUAAUAUUGGCAUUUUAUUUUCAUUUUGAUUUGACGUUUGUAACUUUUUAAAAUUUGAAAAACUUUUAAAUUAUUUCAAAAUUUUUUAAAAAUCAUCAUUUUAGUCACUGCCCCAACUGUAAUGCCUGGGUUGGAACGUACCGAAGGAUCGGUCGUAGUACGUAA